CAGACCCGGCGCGCCAAGCCCUACCUGCCUGGCAAGCCGUGUUGCUCCUAAACUUGACAACGUGCAAGCGAAGUGUGUUACUACUCCCGGAAUUCCGUUUGACACCUUCAGCCCUGCGCGAUCUCAAAUGCACGUGCUUGGCCUCGAAGCAACCGUUUGCCCGUGGACUUUGGUGUCGGCCGACGCGCUCACGCGCUUCGCUCGCUUCUUUAGGAAGCUGAUUUGAUGGGCAUUAAUGUAUCCUCAGUAACGCUGCAGUUAAUGCAGGGCCAGACGCACUUUUGGGUGCGGCGCUCCUCAAUUCCAAGUUUCCUUCCUCCCAGCUAAAAAAUGCACUGAGUUUGAAGUCUCAAACGACAGCACAUAUAAAUCACUAUGCAUACACUGCUAUAGAGGUCGAUCGAAUUGACCACGAGACAACAAAAGUGGAUGGCUGGCGCUUGAGCUUCACAGGUGUCUUGGCCACCCGAACGCAUACUAUAUUUUGAUAGAGGUUUCUGAAAUGAACAGGCCGGACACGGCGUGCUGUGAAGGGCCGCCCGGCAGGAACGCCAGCCUAUCCGCGUCGGUCGUGGACACAGAGGGCCUUGACAAUACUAAAGUUUCGAGUGGAUGCCUUGACACGCCGCGCCGUGGCCCCCGGACGGGCAAGCAGAGGAGGCAAUGGUCCGCGAGCGAAUGCCAGACCCUCGUCUUCGCGCACGCGCACACCGGCAACCGUUGGUCGCUGAUCGCCAAGCACUUCCGCACGCGCUCGGACGCCGACGUCAAGAACAUUUUCUUCAGCGCAAUGAGAUCGGUGCGCGCCACGCCCGCCAAUCUGGCGCUCCGUGUCUACUCACGCCUGGUGGGGCCAAACUGCGAGGACCCCCUGCUGCGCCGCCGAGCCUACGAGGCCGCGCGGCGCGCCGUGCUCACCGGCGUGGAGCCAGACGACCAGGCGGCAGUAGCAGUGGCAGCAGCUGCUACUGCCACCGGCGGCGCCAGAGCUACAGCCGCCGGCGGCACUACUGGGGCGGCCGGCGAUGCUGCUGGUGAUGGUGGGUGUGGGGGUGAUGAUGGCGGAGGCGGCAGCGAUGAUGGGGAGUGUGCAGCCGCCAGGCCCAGGGAGGCAGCUCCAAGCGGCGGCGGUGGGGGCGCCAAGCGGCGGUUCCAGGGCGGCACGUGGCACAUCUUGCGCAGCGUGGGGCGUGUGAAACAGGGCCGGGACGCGCUGCAGAGCGACGCCGCCGCCGCCGCCCCGAUAGUGCCGCAAGCAGCGGCGGCGGCGGCGGCGGCGGGGGCGGCGGCGGGGGCGGAGGGGGAGGAGGGGGCGGAGGGCCCGGCGCAGCAGGGCGGGCAGUGGCCCCGCCGGCCGCAGGAGGUGGAGUGGGAGGAGCAGUGGCAGCAGUGGCAGCAGCGGCAGCGAAAGGCGGAGCUGGGGGUGAGGCAGCAGCAGCUGCAAGUGAAGCAGGAGGAGGGCGAUGGCAAGGAGUGCGGCGGGGAGCAGCCACACCAGCCGCGGCACGAGCAGAUCAAGAUGGAGCCGUGGGAUGAGGAGGACGUGGCGGUGGCCGCAGUAGUGGGACGGCCGCUGCUGCUGGGACAUCGAAAGCGGGCGGGCGCAGUGGCGUCGGGCAGCAGUGGCUCAGCAGAGUGGCAGCAGCCGCUGCAGCAUCAGCAGCAGAUGAUGAAGUGCAGCGCCGGGUUGCACGGCAGCCGCGGCGCCGCCGCCGCUGCCACUGCCGCGGCCACUACUGUCGCUGCUGCUGGGUUGGGCCAGCAGGGAGGUCCCGCUGCUGGCUUGCACACUGCUGGCGGCGGCGGCCGGCGGCUGCGGCUGUUGCCGGGGCAGCAACAGCAACAACAGGGGCACCCCGCACCGCCACCCCCGGCUGCAGACCGAGGUCCAGCGGGUGUGUUCGCGGCACGCAGCGCAGCACCGGUUGGCGAUACCGGCAUGGCCGCGACUCCUGAUUACUACUGCGCGCAGCGAGAGGGAUUUGCGUUUACAGGUGGCGGUAGUGACGGGCUGGCUGGCAGCGGCCGGAACCAGGAGCAGCACCAGCACCAGCACCCGCACCCGCACCAGCAGGGCGAAUGCAUCGCCGCUGCCAACGCCGCCGCGUUCGGCAGCAACCGCCGGCCCGAGGGCUUCUACGGCAGCAACAACAAUAACAACAUCAGUGGAGACGCGCUGAACGGCGCCGGUGGCGCAAAAUCCGGCGGCGGCACCUGGCCUCUACUGCAAGCACCCCCGCCAUACCCUUCCGUUUUGCAGCUGCAGCAGCUGCAGCACCAGCAGCUGCAAGCGCAGCACCAGCAUCACCAGCACCAGCACCAACACCAGCACCAGCAGCGUGCCGCAUCCUUCGGCGCAACCAUUGGCAACGGCGGUUUCGGCUACAGCAUCUCAGCUGGCGCAGUUGCCGCCGGCGGCAGCGAUACCAGCGGCGGCGGCGGAUACGGCCGCUUCUCAGUUCCUGCCGGCGGCUCGCAGCAGCCAGCGCUUCCCCAUUCGCAGCUGCUGGUUGCUGCGACUGCUGCUGCGCUGCCAUUCGGCGGCGGCGGCGGCGGCAACGGCACAGAGCCUGGCGGCUACCACAACAGCUUUGCCGUCCACAACGGCGGGACGUCGUGGGCUGGCGGCGGCAGCUACAGACAGCAGCAGCAGUGCCAGGUCUCCCAGCAAUCUUCCCCAUUGCUCGCGCCGCACAACCCCACCUGGGCCAGUAUCAGCAUCGUCGCCGCCGCCGCCGCCGCUGCUGCUGCUACUGCACCGGCGGCCGCGGCCGCUACUGCCAGUGGCUACAUCAGCAGCAAUAGCAGUGGGCACGUGCUGUACAGCAGCUGCGGGCACGCCGCCGCCGCCGGCAGCAACGCCGGCGGCAGCAGUAGCUUUGGCAUGGCGACCGUGUCUCCCGCUGCUGCUGUUGCUACAGCCGCCGCCGGUGGCAGCAGCCUCGUGCAGCUGCUGGCGGCAGCAGGGGCGGCGGCGGCGGCGGCCGGCGGCAGUAGUUCGCAGGUCAUCAUCACUUACCUCCAGGAGCCCGCCGCCGGCGGCAGUAGCAUGCACGCUAGCGCUACCCGGGUUGACGCCGGAGUUGUGGAUGAGAUGAAACACCUGCUGGCAUCCACCGGCAGCCUGGACGAUCUCAUGGACGAGCUGGGCAUCAGCUCGGGCUGUAGCAGCAGCACCGCCACCACUGCUGCUGCUACUGCCGCGGCGGCGGCUGCCACUACUGCCGCCACCAUCCGCGCCGCAUCCAGCAACGGCAACACAGGCGGCAGCAGACCGGCCUGCGCAGACCUGUUGUCGGCGGGCCGCCGCCAGCUUCUGAGCCCGUGGCGGCACAUGUGGGCUGCUGGAGGUCGUGACGGGUCCGCCGCCGCCGCCGCCCCCCAGCCGCCGCAGCAGCAGCCGCAGCCGUCGUUUGCCACAGCCGCCGCCUUUCGCAGUGUCGCAGUAUCAGCAGCCGCAGCCGCAGCUGCAGCCGCGCCCGACAGCAGUAACAGCAGUGGCCAGUUUGGGUACCGUGGAGGCGGCGGCGGCAGUAGCAGCUUCAGCAGCAGCCAGCAGAUACCUGGCGGGGUGCCUGGCGGGAUACCUGGCGGGGUGCCUGGCGGGGUGGUGGCGGCAGCGGCACUGCCUGCUGCCCACGGCAGCUACAGCCACAGCUUGCCUGCCAGCGCCCCCGCCGCCGCCGCCGGCAUCAAUGGCUUGUGGGCAACGCAGGCGAUGGGUUGGCACCAUCUGCAGCAGCCGCAGCACCCACAAGAGCCGCUGGAGCCGCAGCAGCGACAGCAGUGGCCCCAGGCAGGGGCUCAAACCUACAGCAGCCUAUCCAAUGCUGCAGCUACUGCUGCCGCUGCCGCUGCAGCCGGCAGCUUCGGCAGCACAGGCCCAGUUUUCAUGUUAGACUGAUGUGUGGUUGGGAAGAAGCAAGUGGAUGCAUGCAUGCGUCGAUCACUGGAGGCGUGCGGUGGCAGCAGCCGGUAGAGGAAUGGAUGGAUAGAGGCCGCGUUGGGAUUAUUGCCUCCGCCGGUCAUCAUCAUACAUGUGCGUAUGGCUUUAUUGGGCAUCUACGAGGGUUGUGUGUAUGUUUAUUUGCGCCUACCUCACUGCGGCGGUGUGCGCAUUGCUGGGGGGGGGGGCGGCAGGCAGGCGGCAGGCGGCCCCUCCGCCUAGCCAGCUCGCCGCGUGCGUGGCUGCUGGACGUACUGGACGCGCGUGCAGCAGCAGGGCGGAGCGAUGGGGCCAGCCAGCAGCAUGCGGGCACGUGAUGGGGGGAGGGGAACAAUUCAUGCGAACGGGGGGGAGGAGCAGAUCCAUCAUUGCAUCCACCUGAUUGGCCACACCGAUGACCGCUGGCUAGACAUCAUAAAGCGAGGCUGCGUGUGCGUGUGCGUGUGUAUAUCCGGCGCGGCGGCGGCGGCGCGUGCCCGGCAGGAAGGUGUCAGCGAGCGCAGUGGUGCGUGGUGGUCGUGCUGGCUGGUAGCAGCUGCUGGUGGCGUGCAGGGGUCGUGCGGGGGUCGUGUUCGUGGCCGUGGUGGUGGUGGUGGUGUUUGAUGGUGGCGGUGGCGGUGCGCGGCGGUGGUGGAGGAGGUAGGUGCAAGUAAGGGGAUUACGGUAUGCAGAGUCUUCUUGAAUUGAGAUUGGCGACCAUAUGUUUUAAGUAAGCCUGGGAGCUCUUGGUGUACCGUACUCCUGAUGAGAUGCGUACGUACGUAAGGUACGGUAGGGGUGAUGGAGACGGACGCCUUAUUACUAAUCCCUACUCAUGCCGGCAAUGGCCGAACUGGUCAACGUGGGAUCAGAGAAAUUUGAACAGUAGUCCACCUGACGUGAUUUGCUGGCUGGGCCUGGCGUGCGUGCUGUGGUCUUGUCUGGCCGCUGGUUGCAACCGUUUCGCACUUGCUACCGCCGGCGGCGGACGGUAUCGGUGCAAGCAAGCAAAAGAUUACGUGCAUGGGGGAGCGGGGGGCGGGCAUGUCGGUUAGGUGGGGCGUUGUUGUGCCAUACAACAUAAACAGGGGAAGAGGAGGGCGUGCGCGUGUCCAUGUGUUCUACAUGCUGCUAGCUGCAUGCUGCAUGCUUAGCCGAGGACUACACUGCUAAGGAUUCACUGUCAGUUGCACCGUUGGAUUAACCGCAUACGGUAUGCAUGACCUUGGACAUCGCUGGAUGGCGAGUUAUGCGUACCAUUGCAGUGCUGCUACUGCAUUUGCGCAUUCGCUGCUGGUGCUGGUGCGGGUGCGGGUGCGGGUGCGGGUGCGGGUGCGGGUGCGGGUGCGGGUGCUUGGAAUCGUAAUAAGCUGCAUCGUAUGAUUGUUUCCACGGCGUAUACCAUAGCCACACAUGGCGCGCACGCGUGCACGCACGCAGACGCCGUUUGUUUCGCGCCGACAUGUCAUGUACGGUACGAAGCGCGCCACGACUGCCAAAGGAGUGAAUUGCUCAAUACGAUAGAAGCAGUGGGAGGCGGAUGAUGACAUGCUCAAGCAACUCGCUCAAAGCAACGUGUGUUUGUUUCUGGCUGGAUUAAUGCCUUGAUUGCAUUGCUCAAGGCGGCGUGCUCCCGCGGAUGUGCAUCAGGAUUGCGGCCUUGCUGACGUGGCGGCUGGCAUAUAGCUGUUUAGUGCAUGUGGACGCAAGUGGUAGUUGCCAGGGCUGUCACCAGGCUCACUGCUGCAGUUGCGUCAUGACCGUACUCGGGGCCCGGUGCCUACCGGUGCCCUUCAGCUGCUGCUGGGUGUUUUUCACACUCGUGGAUUGGCGGCAUAGCUCUGACAUGCAUUUGUGGGUUUUUGUUGUACUUGGGUGCAUGGGCGGCUGGGUGUUUCGCAUUGUUGUCGUGCGUCACUACCGCACAGAUUGCCGUGGCACAGAUUGCCGUGCUCAUGCGUUUUUCACAGCCGAGGCGGGCGGAGGGUGCGUGGGAGCGGCGGCAUGUGGAUGGGUCGUAGCCCCCGGGCAAGUUACUCGCGCGGGUAUGCCGUACGGUGGUUGUCCUUGUUGUUAUUGCCGUACCGCCGGCGGGCGGGCGGCGCACCCGCCGCACGGCGGGGAUUGCAUUGUGUUUCCUGGGGGUUUAAUCGUGGCAGUAUGCAUACCUUGCCGGUUGUUUGCAUGCACGGCUAACUCUUGCACCACUUGCUCGCGAGGCAUAGCGCAGAUGCGCAGUAACAUGGGUUUCUUUAUCCAAUUGGUCUCAAUGUAUUGCCGGCACAGCAGUCGGCUCCUAAACAACUGGCACCCUGGCGGCAAUGGACGAUUUGGCAACGUGUUUUCAGGCUGGCUUAAGCGUGAAUCUUUAUAAACUUAUGAAAGUUGUCUGGCCAUGGGGUGUGAAGUGUAAAGCCGGGAUGACGAGUUCAUGACAGAAACUUACUGUACUUGGGUUGUCAGCUGGGCCUUCCCUAAAUGUGUCAGCAGGCUUACUUUUUCGCCUGGGAUACAAAGGUGUUGGGGCGCGGUGUUAGCACGGGUGGUGGUGGUGGUGGUGGUGGUGGUGGUGGUGGUGGUGGUGGGGCCGUGUGGGGUUCGCCGUCAGGAGAAGUUUUGUUUUAGUGCGGCCUCGUGCCCUGAAACACGCGCGGGAUGGCGCAGUGAUGGCGCAGUGGUGGCGAUUUGCCGGGCCGGCGUGGGGAUAUCCUGUGCGUGCACAGGGGUUGCAGACUUGCAGUGCCACGCAAGUGUGUUUGAAAGAAUCAUGGCAUGUAUGUCAUUCGUGAAUCGUCCUUUGAAAGCAUCUUCGGGAAUGCCGUUUGGCGGCGAGGCACGCCCCUCCCCCAUCUCCCAAUUCCUCAAGGUGCAGUCAUCCCGACUCCCUGGGUC